AGAGAGAGAGAGAGAGAGAGAGAGAGAGAGAGAGAGAGAGAGAGAGAGAGAGAUUGAUUUUGCAACAUAACCGUAGUAAUGUGCAUCUAUUUUGACGAGAUGUGGAGAUUAUUCGACUCAUGAAUGUCAGCAUGGACAAGAUGGGUGAUAAGAAUAUAAAUAACAAUUUACAACUACUAUCAGAAAAACUACCAAAAUAUAUAUGUUGGAAUCAAGAAGAAAGAAUGAAUGCAUUAUUUUCACCAUUUCGUAGUAAAUCUGCUAAUUCACAGGAUUGGAUUUCUAAAUAUAAAUUUUGGCAUAAUUUGAUACAUGACUGGCUAAAGCAUACCAUGCAAUGUAGUUUUUCUAUAAUUGAUCUAAAUGAAGUUUUUAAAAGGAAAGGUUGCAUACCUCUUUGUUUGGUUACUGUGAUUGAAGAACUUCUUAGGCACAAUGAAAUAAUUCCAGAGAUCGAGUUCUUAAAAGAACCAUAUGACACUUGGACAGCAUGGUCGAUUGAUAUAUUUUUGAGAAAACCAAUUAGCUGGUCUUUUUAUAAAAUGAAGAAUUAUGUAGUAGGUCAAGACAAAAUUAGUACAGAAACAAGAUAUAUACAUAUACCUGUUAUACAAGAAUUAGGUGAUAUUAUCCUUUCUAUUGUGGAGAUUAAAAAAGAUAAUGCUUUAUAUUCAAUCUCUGAAAUAAUGGAAUAUUGCAAAAGCAAAACCAAAAACCAAAUCUCAGAAAAUACAGUAAGAUUAGUCCUAGAAUGGUUAAAGCGUAAAAGAAAGAUAGCUUUGAAAAAAAAUUCUGAUUCAAAUAAUGAAUUAUUAGUGAAAAUCUCUACACAAAUGGUAACUGAAAUUACAGAAGUAGAAGAAGGGUUAUAUAAAUUGAUGAAGCAAGAAAACAAGCUAAUGAAGGAAAUAGAACUCAUGGAACAUAAUAAACUUAAUAUUCUGAAUAAAACAAAGAUGUAUAUAACAAAAGGAUUGCAUCAAUUGGCAAAGACAUGUUUAAAAAGAAAAGUGGAAUUGGAGAGAACUAUAGAAAAACGUUCACAAGCUCUUACAAAUCUACGUAUUCUCAUCGCUAAUAUUGAAGAUGCACAUUCCAAUUCUGCUGUAUUGUCUGCUUAUAAAAUUGGAUCUGAAAUAUUGAAAAAAAUAGGACAAGAUGGUUUAACGCAACAUAAUGUUGUAGACAUUAUGGAUAACAUUAAUGAGCUUCUAGAGGAGAACAAAGAGAUAGAUAUAGUUUUGUCUGAACCACUAAACAAUGACUCUGAUGCUGAUUUAGAAAAAGAAUUAGCAGAAUUACUGAAUGAAAACAACACCAACAAUUCCGCUAUAUUUGCUGAAUCAAAUCCAGAGAUUGAGAAGUUGGAGCAACGUUUAAACGACUUACGUAUGGAUGCACCACUUGAUGAAAACACAAUUGUACUACCAUCUGUGUCAUCACAUGAAAAAAAGAAAUUGCAGGAACCUGAGUAUUUAAUUCAGCUAUAACAGUCAAUUCUUUUUACAAUUCUGUACAUAAAUGAAAUAAUUUUCCUUAAAA